AUGGCGGGCGGCAGCAAGGCCGCGGCCGCCGUGGCCGUGGUCUUGGCCUUCCUACUCUUCGCCCUCGCCUCGUCAGCAGCAGCCGCCGCACCCGACAUGUCCAUCGUCUCGUACAACUCGGCGCACGCCGUCCGUGGGCUGGAGCGGACGGAGGCCGAGGUGCGCGCGAUGUACGACCACUGGCUGGCGCGGCACGGCCGCUCGUACAGUGCACUCGGCGAGUACGACCGCCGCUUCCAGGCGUUCUGGGACAACCUCAGGCUCGUCGACGCCCACAACGCCGACGCCGACGCCCACGGGUUCCGCCUCGGGAUGAACCGCUUCGCCGACCUCACCAACGACGAGUUCCGCGCGGCCUACCUCGGCGCCAUCCCGAGCGGCCAAGGCCGCCACGCCGUCGGCGAGAGGUACCUCCACGACGGCGCCGAGACGCUGCCGGAGUCCGUGGACUGGAGGACAAAGGGCGCCGUGGCGCCCGUGAAGAACCAGGGCCAGUGCGGCAGCUGCUGGGCGUUCUCGGCGGUCGGCGCGGUGGAAGGCAUCAACAAGAUCGUCACCGGCGACCUGGUGACGCUGUCGGAGCAGGAGCUGGUGGAGUGCGCGAGGAACGGGCAGAACAGCGGGUGCAACGGCGGGAUGAUGGAGGACGCGUUCGACUUCAUCGCCCGGAACGGCGGCAUCGACACGGAGGAAGACUACCCCUACACCGCCAGGGACGGCAGGUGCGACCUCGCCAAGAGGGGCCGCACGGUGGUGUCCAUCGACGGCUUCGAGUCCGUGCCCGAGAAUGACGAGCUGUCGCUGAAGAAGGCGGUGGCGCACCAGCCCGUGAGCGUGGGCAUCGAGGCCGGCGGCCCCGAGUUCCAGCUGUACGAGUCGGGGGUGUUCACCAGCAGGUGCGGCACGGAGCUGGACCACGGCGUGGUGGCGGUGGGGUACGGGACCGACAAUGGCAGGGACUACUGGAGCGUGCGCAACUCAUGGGGCCCGGACUGGGGCGAGGGCGGCUACAUCCGGAUGGAGCGCAACGUCACCGCGCGCACCGGCAAGUGCGGCAUCGCCAUGAUGGCGUCCUACCCCGUCAAGAACGGGCCCAACCCGGCACCCAAGCCGCCAAACCCGCCGAAGCCGAAGCCGGUGGCCUGCGACCGCCACAGCAAGUGCCCGGCGGGGAGCACCUGCUGCUGCACCCACGGCGUCAGGAAGACGUGCUUCGUCUGGGGGUGCUGCCCUGCCAAGGGCGCCACCUGCUGCAAGGACGGCGCCACCUGCUGCCCGUCCGACUACCCUGUCUGCAACGCCGAGAACCGCACUUGCUCCAAGAGCAAGAACAGCCCGUACACCGUGGAGGCGCUCAUCCGUACUCCGGCCAAGCGAAGCAGGACAACGACGCUUGAUUUAGUGUUCUCCGAAUUGGACAUCUAG